AAAGUAAUUACUUUGAAAAGAUAAAAACUGCAAUCAAAUUUGGGUAUUUAUGAAGAUAACGAUAUUAUCCUCAUUCGGCUGGCGAAGUCGUACAUUCACUUCUUUUUAAAAAGACAAAAUGAAAAAGAAAUUCUCAGUUACUUUUGCAGUUCUCUUUGCUUGAACUUGUAGCUUUCUUGGCACCUGUGCAGUGCUGGAAGGUUUUUAAUGGAAGAUUUGAGCAUCAAUGGAGGAUUUGCUGAACAUGAAAACCAGUUAUCUGUCCAUCAUGAUGCUGUGAAUAAUACAUCACAUAUUCUGGACUUCCUCUUAUUUUCCUCGCCAAUGGAUGACAUUUUUACUUGUCUUUUAACAUGGACAACUAAUAUAAGUCGCAGAUUCAUCAAUUUCGUCGAGAAUCUUGUUCUCCAAGAUGUCUACAGAUGCAGAGAAGGUUCCAUUGCCUUAUCUUCAAUGUAUUGCACAGAAAAUUCGAACUCCGGACUCCGUCAAAGAAGUUCUUCGGAGCAGGAGGGAGAAUUUCUUGCAAAUACAGAUUCUAGAAUUAUAAAAACCAAUAACUGUCGGCAACUAAGGCGAGAUGUCCCUUUCAUCUAUCAAGGGUUGAUGUUCCCGGUGUUUGCUUUACGGCUUACUUGGCGUCUGGUAAUGGCCCCAUGGAGAUGUAGUUUCUACCAUCUGAAACGCAUGCAAGCACAAGUCUUUAGCAUUGUAUCCCGGAUGGAGAGAACAUUACGCGGUUCUUCCGAUGAUAUUGGGUGGUUGCAAUGCACUCCUGGAAUGGCUCCCGUCGAGGAUGGUACAACAAGAUUCCUGGAACUGCUAGAAGCCAUAAGGAAUGGAGAACACACAUUGCCCAAUUCAUUUGUAUAUUUAUUAGUUCCAGGCCUUUUCAGCAAUCAUGGCCCCUUAUAUUUUGUGGCUACUAAGAGAUUCUUUUCGAGAAUGGGUCUUGCAUGCCAUAUAGCGAAAAUACACAGCGAGGCAUCGGUGGAGCACAAUGCAUGGGAGCUGAAGCAAUACAUCGAGGAGCUUUACUGGGGGUCUGGUAAACGAGUAAUGCUGCUUGGGCACAGCAAGGGUGGAGUUGAUUCUGCCGCGGCAUUGUCCAUUUAUUGGUCCGAGUUAGAGAACAAAGUGGCUGGAUUGGCACUGGUCCAGAGUCCGUACGGUGGCAGUCCCAUAGCCUCUGAUACUCUCCGUGAAGGCCAAAUAGCUGACAAAGAAACUCGAAGGAUCAUGGAACUUCUAAUAUGCAAGACGAUUAAGGUAAUCCUUUCCUUCGUCGAUGAAUCAACACCCGAGUGUAGCAAGAAAUAUAACCAUAGUCUUAUGUGUAUAUGUAUGUAUAAAUAUAUGUUGCAGGGUGACAUGCGAGCUCUGGAAGAUCUUACAUACGAAAAGAGAAAAGAAUUUGUAAUGAAGCACAAGUUACCCGAGGGAAUCCCUCUUAUCUCGUUCAGCUCGGAAGCAAUGGUGGCUCCUGGUGUACUAGCUACGUUGACACAAAUAGCUCAUGCAGAGGUUCCCCGGCUUCCCUUUCUGAAGUUCGGGAGUUCGGAGUUCGACAAUGUCAGUGGACUUAGACACCAUGUGCCAAUUGUAAUUCCGGUUUCUGCUGCCAUGGCUGUAUGUGCUCUCCACUUGCUGUUGAGAUAUGGGGAGAAGAGCGAUGGACUAGUGACAUGCCGUGACGCCGAAGUUCCGGGUUCGGUUGUAGUCAGACCCGAGCAAAAGCUUGACCACUCUUGGAUGGUGUACUCAUCAAAAAAGAAGAAUCCUGAUGAUCCCGGUCCUACCGAAAUGUGUGAGGCCCUUUUGACACUACUUGUAGAGCUUGGGAAGAGGAAGCAAGAAGUUAAAAAGGAUGUCUGAAAGUAUUUUCCAUAGUACAAGACAGGCCCUUGUAUUAGAUCAUGGAGUUAAUGUUGGUCCGUAUACUUUCAAAUUGAGCAUAUAUAUAUAUAUAUAUAUAAA